CCUCGCGCUGCCAGCUCAGUGAGGCGCCAGGUCACGUGGUACCCAGGCGCUAGUGAGCAGCUCAGUUCGAUGACAACAACAAGACCAUGAGCAGAGCUAACGGGGAAUAAAAGAUUCACAUACACAUAAAAACAAACACAGCCGCGAUAUGGGGAAGUCUUUCUCCCACCUCCCGAAGCAUAAAAAUGAAUCUUGCGACAGCCUCACGUCCGCGCCGGAAUACGCCGACUCGCAGAGCGACGAUGGCAAGGGCGGGGACGUGUCCCAAUUCCCCUACGUGGAGUUUACAGGCCGGGACAGUGUCACCUGCCCCACGUGCCAGGGGACCGGGAGGAUCCCCCGAGGCCAAGAAAAUCAGCUUGUGGCCUUGAUUCCAUACAGUGACCAAAGGCUGAGGCCUAGGAGAACGAAGCUGUACGUGACGGUGUCGGUCAGCGUGUGCCUGCUGCUCUCCGCUCUCGCCGUCUUCUUCCUGUUUCCUCGCACCAUCGAUGUCACCUACGUGGGCGUGAAGUCUGCUCUCGUCACGUACAACCAGACCAGGCGGACUGUCUAUAUCAACAUCACGAAUAUGCUGAACAUCACCAACAACAACUACUACUCAGUGGAGGUUGCCAACAUCACUGCCCAAGUGCAGUUCUCGAAGACUGUCAUCGGUAAGACCCGCAUCAACAACGUCACGUCCAUCGGGCCCCUGGAAAUGCGUCAGAUCGACUAUAUGGUCCCAACCAUUAUAGCAGAUGAGAUGAGCUACAUGUAUGAUUACUGCACACUGCAGACCAUUAAAGUCCACAAUAUCGUGGUUAUGAUGCAGGUGACAGUUACCACGACAUACUUUGGGCACGCAGAGCAGGUGUCUCAGGAGGUGUACCAGUAUGUGGACUGCGGCGGGAACACCACCUCGCUGCACGGGAACUUCAAGGCGUCCAGCUACCUCCCCCCCCCUGAAUAGCCCCUGCCCCCACCCCCCCAUUGUUAUCUUGUUAACUUGAAGGUACACUGUGUUCUUUUUCCCCUUUGUCCACUAACCGUUACAAGAAAACUUGUAAAAUAUGUAAUCAUGAUAUUUCUGUGCACAUGUUUUAUAAGUAACAACAAUGUAGACUGUGCUGUGAUAGAAUUAGCUAUUCAAAAAGUUUUGUGACAGAAAAUGGGUGCAAAUGUAGAGAGUUUUCUUACCUUUAAAACAAGCUGUUUAGACUAACAUGGAAGACGCAGUCAUACAUUUAUGGCAUAGGGCACAGCUUGUUGUAUAGUGCUGCUGAAUGACACUGUGCAGUGCAAAAAUGAGUCCUUGGCAGUUCUGAGUUCCUGUGGUUGAAACUGGAAUGACAUUUUAAGUACAGCUAUCAGCAUAAUACUUGAUUUAACUUUUAAUCUCUCAUGCAUGAGGUUGUAUGACUGGAACAUAUAAUGUGUAAAGCAUCCACUAGGUGGAGCACUUGGGUCACUCGUGUCCCUAGUUCCAAGGUGGUGGGAAGUCGCGGUGAAAGUUCAGCUGUACGUCUCAGCCAGGUUGACUCUGUAGCUUGUUGCUCCAUAGUAGAGCUUUCAUCUGCGGCUGACCUGGUGGAAUCACACUCCCUGUGUCCCUAGAACUCUUCACUUUGUUUUGAAGGUACUAUUGAGAAGUGAACCACUUGGUAAUUGACUGGACUUCCUUAUUGUAGUUGCUUCUUUGUAAAACCAGGACUUCCUGUCAGAUUGACCGGACAGUUUCGGGAUGUUGCUGUUUCUGGUGCAGUGAGACAACCUCUUCCUCCUCCUACUUGCUAACAUGAAUUUUAAUCUUCAUUAGUUAUAAAACAUCGUUUUUUUAUGCCACGUUAAGAUGAGUUUAAGAAAAUCUCAGUUGGAUGAAGUAUUUGCAUUAAAGGCGUCUGCCGUCUGUUCUCAUGUCGCCUUCCCCAGUCCCACCUGUGAACUGGCCGGUCAGCCCCAGUGUGGCCCUCCUGAUCCCCUUACGGAGAGUCAUGUUGCAGGGCUCUGGGGCAGUACUGAACAUGUCCUGCCAGUUGAUCCUCUAAUUUGUCCAGCAGUUUGCACCUGGAAGGUGGAAUUUCGCCCCUUCCCCCUUGAGCAGAGCAGUGGAUGGGACGGGUUCAGCUGUGAAUAGGCAGGGCUGUUGUCUUUUCUGCUCGAGGGCUGUUCAGAUGUAGUUUAAGCUCCGGCACUUGUUAUAUUUUGCACAUAAUUCAUUGUUUUUUAUUUAAGAAAUAUUUAUGUUGAAAGCUAUAUGAACUGAUUUUCCUGCUGUCAUGUAUACCUGUAUCUGACACACAUAGGAGACUCAUUUUGCCAUUCAUUUUAGAUCUUAAUAUUUUGGUACUUCUUUCUUUAAGCAAAAUAAACAUGAUCCCCCUACUUUCCAUGAAGGUGUCGGCUUAGAAAUUAGAAAUGAUCGAAAUAGUAAAUGAGGUGCGACCUACUGUAUGCUUAUUUUUCGAAGCUUUUAUGUUGGUUGAGAGGCAUAUAAAAAAUAUAUCAUUGAAAGUUAUUGUGUUCGGGAUUGUGCUUGUCAUUGGCUGUGUAUGCUCAUGUGACCCACAGUCCUGCCUAACAGCUGCCAUGUUCUGUGGUAAAUCAUUGGUACAGUAUGGUAGCUUUCUGCCAGUCUGAGAAAGUAAGAUACCACUUCAUGGUUUUAUGUGGGGCAACGGCUGUUUUUUUCUAAAAACAAUUUUUUCUAAAUUGAUAUCUGAUAUUUGUAUAUACAUCAGCCAUAAAAGUCAAAUGUUCCAGGUGCCCACUGGGUCUCAGACAUGGUCUAGUGUGUGUGUGUGUGUGUGUGUGUGUGUGUGUGUGUGUGUGUGUGUGUGUGUGUGUGUGUGUGUGUGUGUGUGUGUGUGUGUGUGUGUGUGUGGGGGGGGGGAUUUCAGACAGACAUCCACUCUGUUAGGCAUGAUUGAUAUGUGUCAUAUAAAACGCUUCUAAGCUACAGGUCAUUUAAGAUGUGUGUUUUGUGUACAUUAUUUUAUGCUAAUAAAGUAACUAUUCCCUUAA